GGCUACCCCGGCUACUCCUGCUCAGCAUGGCUGCUUUAGGGACUGUUCUCUUCAGUGAGUGGCAGGUGUCCGGAGGCUGCACUGCAGCGCAGCCGCUUGGGCGGGCGGCCAGUGGCGACUACAGCAGGGACUGGCUGCCAACCCCUCCGGCUACGGGCCCCUUACCGAGCUCCCAGACUGGUCAUAUGCGGGGGUAUGAUCCUGCUUAAUUGGAUAAUUGGUGACUGAGGAAGAUGGUGAAGAUUUUUUCUACUUGUUAUUUACUAUGGCCGCCCUGCUCCCCCAAUGAAAGGCCAGCUUCGAAGAAAAGCUGAAAGGGAGACGUUUGCAAGACGAGUUGUACUGCUGUCACAGGAAAUGGACGCUGGAUUACAAGCAUGGCAGCUCAGGCAGCAGAAGUUGCAGGAAGAACAAACGAAGCAGGAAAAUGCUCUUAAACCCAAAGGGGCUUCACUGAAGAGCCCACUUCCAAGUCAAUAAAAAGCAACUCCUGCCUCCCUUCCUCA